AACUCUAACAGGAUCAUAAGUUCGAGUUCGUUUUCUGCACAUGCACAAUGUCGGACUAACUGUAGUUUUGUGAAGAAACACAUAGUUAUUAUUUUAUACUCUUUGAGUUAAAUAAAUAAAUUCUAAAUAUGUGUCGGCAGAUCUGUCUGUUAGUCCUGUUGGCAGGAUGGACAUCGGGAGAUUCCUUGUUUAAUGCCAAAUUAAAUUACCAACCCAUGGAUGAAUUUUUCGAGCCUCGACAUCGCGGUCACCUAUUUUUGCCGCCAUGCGUCAAAGAUUUGAUGAACUGCUGGGAAGUCAACAACCCGGACGUCCUGUGUAAACAGAACGGGACCAAGCCCAUUAUGGUUGUACGUUUUGACACUAUUUGUAUGGACUUAAGAUAUCAGUGCCGCGAGUACAUGGGAUACCAACCGUUCCCAAAUAAUAGAGGCAACCUUUCUACUCUGUUCACUUACUGCGGAACUAAUUCUUAUGCAAAACAAUUGCCAUUAAAAGAGACGCAAUAUUGGGUGAAAAACGAUACAAUUACAACAACUGCUAAACCUGCUGGUUAAAUAAAUAAUAAUAAUAAUAAAAACAACCUAAGAAUUAAAAUAAAUAAAGAGAAUAACAAAAAAAACAUGAGAUUUUUUUUUAUUAAAAAUGGAUGGUGAA